AUUAUCUCUUGGGCAAAGAGGGCUGAAUGGCCUGCUGUGGCCAUUCCAGCAACUACAGGAACAGUCCUAUGAAUUUGAUUGAAAAGGUGUUUGGAGAUCCACAAGAUUCCUUAGACCCAUUUGGAGUUGUGCUAGAGGAAAGGGAAAGAAUGGAGACACAUCCUUCAGGAAGUGAAUUAACUGGAAAAGGCCCUCCUGCUGUUCAGCCUGGGAGCUGUGGGGAGUUCUGGGCAAGAACUGGGCAGGAGAUCCUGGAGGAGGAAACCAUCCGUUCAGAAGGUCAGCCCUGGGACUUCAGGAGCAUCCGAUAUCAGGAGGCUGAGGGUCCCCGAGGACUUUGCAGCCAACUCCACUACUUUUGCAGUCGAUGGUUGAGACCGGAAAAGCACACAAAAGCGCAGAUGCUGGACCUGGUUGUCCUGGAACAGUUCCUGGCCCUCCUGCCCCUGCAGAUGGAGAGCUGGGUGCGUGAGUGUGGGGCAGAGACCAGCUCCCAGGCGGUGGCCCUGGUGGAAGGCUUCCUCCUGAGCCAGGCGGAGGAGCGGAAGGAGCAGGUCAAGUUGCAGUCCUUUGCUGUGGAGAUCAGAGAUGCUGAGGGAAGGAGGAAUCGAUCAAAUCCCCCUCAGGAGCUGUUUUUCAGGAGUUUCUUUCAGGAAGAUCCAAAUCAGGACACCUCAGGAGGGAGGAAUGAAACGAAGUUGUUGAUUCCUUAUGGUGGAGCUGAAACAGUGCUUGAACCUCCAACUCAAGAGGGCCUUGUGUCCUUCAAGGAGGUGGCUGUGUGUUUCUCCGAGGAGGAGUGGUCUCAGCUGGAUCCUCACCAAAAAGCGCUGCAUUGGGAAGUCACGCUGGAAAAUUGUAGGAAUGUGGCCUCUCUGGGUAAUAAUGGGCAGGAGAAUAAAGAUUCCAGUGAACCAUCCCAAAUGAUGAGGCAGGGAGAUGGAACAGAGAAGCCUGCAAUUCAAAUGGAACUAGGAAGGCAUGAGAGGAACCAGUCAAAUAAUUGGAAUAUGAAAAGCUCAACUUCCAUAAAUGCUCAGAUGCCAGACUUUCUUGCGCAAGAAGGAAAAAUAAAGAAAAAAUAUGUUGGGAAAAGUGUAAGAGAAUUUAAAGAUGAAUUAGAUGUAAAUGAACACUAUCCAACCCAAACCAAAGGAGAAGAUUAUAUAUGCCAAGACAAUGGAAAAAAUUACAAUUGGACUUUCCUUCUUUCUUGUGAAAAUGGAUCCCUUACUUCUGAUAAAAGCAUCCACCCAGGGGAGAAGCCAUAUAAAUGCAGAGUGUGUGGAAAGGGCUUCAGUGCAAAUGGGUCCCUUAUGAGACAUAAAAAGAUCCACACAGGGGAGAAGCCAUAUAAGUGCAUGGAGUGUGGAAUGAGCUUCAGUCGUAGUGGUGACCUUACUUCCCAUAAAAGGAUCCACACAGGAGAGAAGCCAUAUAAAUGCACAGAGUGUGGAACGAGCUUCAGUCGUAGUGGUUACCUUACUUCCCAUAAAAGGAUCCACACAGGAGAGAAGCCAUAUAAAUGCACAGAGUGUGGAAUGAGCUUCAGUCGUAGUGGUUACCUUACUUCCCAUAAAAGGAUCCACACAGGAGAGAAGCCAUAUAAAUGUAGCGAGUGUGGAAAGACCUUUAUUCGGAGUAGUGAACUUACUUGCCAUAAAAGGACCCACACAGGAGAGAAGCCAUAUGAAUGCAUGGAGUGUGGAAAGACCUUUAUUCAGAGUAGUGAACUUACUUGCCAUAAAAGGACCCACACAGGAGAGAAGCCAUAUGAAUGCACGGAGUGUGGAAAGACCUUUAUUCAGAGCAGUAAACUUACUAGCCAUAAAAGGAUCCACACAGGAGAGAAGCCAUAUAAAUGCACAGAGUGUGGAAUGAGCUUCAGUCGUAGUGGUUACCUUACUUCCCAUAAAAGGAUCCACACAGGGGAGAAGCCAUAUAAAUGCAUGGAGUGUGGAAAGACCUUUAUUCGGAGCAGUCACCUUAAUUCCCAUAAAAGGAUCCACACAGGAGAGAAGCCAUAUAAAUGUAGCGAGUGUGGAAAGACCUUUAUUCAGAGUAGUGAACUUACUUGCCAUAAAAGGACCCACACAGGAGAGAAGCCAUAUGAAUGCAUGGAGUGUGGAAAGACCUUUAUUCGGAGCAGUCACCUUAAUUCCCAUAAAAAGAUCCACACAGGAGAGAAGCCAUAUAAAUGUAGCGAGUGUGGAAAGACCUUUAUUCAGAGUGGUGAACUUACUGAGCAUAAAAAGAUCCACACAGGGGAAAGGCCAUAUAAAUGCACAGAGUGUGGAACAAGCUUCAGUCGUAGUGGUUCCCUUACUUCCCAUAAAAGGAUCCACACAGGGGAGAAGCCAUAUAAAUGCACAGAGUGUGGAACGAGCUUCAGUCGUAGUGGUUCCCUUACUUCCCAUAAAAGGAUCCACACAGGGGAGAAGCCAUAUAAAUGCACAGAGUGUGGAACGAGCUUCAGUCGUAGUGGUUCCCUUACUUCCCAUAAAAGGAUCCACACAGGGGAGAAGCCAUAUAAAUGCAGAGUUUGUGGAAAGGGCUUCAGGCACCCUGGUUACCUUACUUCCCAUAAAAGGAUCCACACAGGAGAGAAGCCAUAUAAAUGCACAGAGUGUGGAACGAGCUUCAGUCGUAGUGGUUACCUUACUUCCCAUAAAAGGAUCCACACAGGAGAGAAGCCAUAUAAAUGCACAGAGUGUGGAAUGAGCUUCAGUCGUAGUGGUUACCUUACUUCCCAUAAAAGGAUCCACACAGGAGAGAAGCCAUAUAAAUGUAGCGAGUGUGGAAAGACCUUUAUUCGGAGUAGUGAACUUACUUGCCAUAAAAGGACCCACACAGGAGAGAAGCCAUAUGAAUGCAUGGAGUGUGGAAAGACCUUUAUUCAGAGUAGUGAACUUACUUGCCAUAAAAGGACCCACACAGGAGAGAAGCCAUAUGAAUGCACGGAGUGUGGAAAGACCUUUAUUCAGAGCAGUAAACUUACUAGCCAUAAAAGGAUCCACACAGGAGAGAAGCCAUAUAAAUGCACAGAGUGUGGAAUGAGCUUCAGUCGUAGUGGUUCCCUUACUUCCCAUAAAAGGAUCCACACAGGAGAGAAGCCAUAUAAAUGCAUGGAGUGUGGAACGACCUUUAUUCAGAGUAGUCACCUUAAUUCCCAUAAAAGGAUCCACACAGGAGAGAAGCCAUAUAAGUGCAUGGAGUGUGGAAUGAGCUUCAGUCGUAGUGGUUACCUUACUUCCCAUAAAAGGAUCCACACAGGAGAGAAGCCAUAUAAAUGCACAGAGUGUGGAAUGAGCUUCAGUCGUAGUGGUUCCCUUACUUCCCAUAAAAGGAUCCACACAGGGGAGAAGCCAUAUAAAUGCAUGGAGUGUGGAAAGACCUUUAUUCGGAGCAGUCACCUUAAUUCCCAUAAAAGGAUCCACACAGGAGAGAAGCCAUAUAAAUGUAGCGAGUGUGGAAAGACCUUUAUUCAGAGUAGUGAACUUACUUGCCAUAAAAGGACCCACACAGGAGAGAAGCCAUAUGAAUGCAUGGAGUGUGGAAAGACCUUUAUUCGGAGCAGUCACCUUAAUUCCCAUAAAAAGAUCCACACAGGAGAGAAGCCAUAUAAAUGUAGCGAGUGUGGAAAGACCUUUAUUCAGAGUGGUGAACUUACUGAGCAUAAAAAGAUCCACACAGGGGAAAGGCCAUAUAAAUGCACAGAGUGUGGAACAAGCUUCAGUCGUAGUGGUUCCCUUACUUCCCAUAAAAGGAUCCACACAGGAGAGAAGCCAUAUAAAUGCACAGAGUGUGGAACGAGCUUCAGUCGUAGUGGUUCCCUUACUUCCCAUAAAAGGAUCCACACAGGGGAGAAGCCAUAUAAAUGCAGAGUUUGUGGAAAGGGCUUCAGUGAAAAUGGGUCCCUUAUGAGACAUAAAAGGAUCCACACAGGGGAGAAACCAUAUAAAUGUGCGGACUGUGGAAAGAAUUUCAGAACAAGUGGUUACCUUACUUUCCAUAAAGGGAUCCACAGAGGGGAGAAGCCAUAGAAAUGCAUGGAGUGUGGAAAGAGAUCAGGAGGAACAGUGACCUAAUUUCCCAUGCACAGAUCCAUUUGGGUGAGAAUCCAUGUAAAUUCUAGAUUUAGUUGUUGUUUAUUCAUUUAGUUGCUUCCGACUCUUCGUGACUUCAUGGACCAGCCCAUGCCAGAGCUUCCUGUCGGUCCUCAACACCCCCAGCUCCCCCAAGGACUAGAAGAAGAAUUGCACGUUUUCUCUGUUCACGAUCUGAAGAUAUUCCGGUUGCCUUAAAUUCUCCAGAGGUCUUAAGCUUCCUACUCAUAUUUCCUGAGGCAUAUUCCCUGCUUGACCCCUAAGUAAAACAGAUUUUAUUUUUGCAUUUAUUUGUUGUUGUUUAUUCGUUUAGUCGCUUCCGACUCUUCAUGACUUCAUGGACCAGCCCACGCCAGAGC